UAAGUAUCUGUGUGUAGCUAUUGACUCAACUGACUUCAACCAACUUUUGCUAUAAAAGUGAAGUAUUUUGUUUGCGAUACUUUUUGAUUUGAGCUCAGUGUUAAUUAAGAAGUGAACUAAGUGGGUUGAUACCGAUUCCAUUCAAGUGAUUCAAAACUUAGAAAAAACAUACCAAACAAUAAAGCAACAACAAAUAAAUAAUUGCAAAAAAUAAACGUGAAAAUCCAACAAAUAAACGAUAGUUGACAUAAAAUAUAAAAAAAAACAACGAUAAUAAAAACUCACUUUGGAAGAAAAUAAUUGAAAAAGAAACAGUGACAUUAUGUGUGGAAUUUUCGCUUAUCUUAACUACUUGACACCAAAAUCUCGUGCCGAGGUUUUAGAUCUCUUGGUAACUGGCUUGAAACGUUUGGAAUAUCGUGGUUACGAUUCAACCGGUGUAGCUAUUGAUGGACCCACUGGCAAGGAUACUGUUAUGGUUAAAAGUGUGGGCAAAGUUAAAGUUCUAGAAGAAGCCAUAGCCAAAAAUUUUAGCGGUAAAGAAUAUGAAGAACCCCUUACUACACAUGUCGGAAUUUCACACACACGUUGGGCCACCCAUGGUGUACCCUGCGAAAGGAAUUCACAUCCCCAGCGUUCGGACAAUAACAACAGUUUUGUUGUGGUACACAAUGGCAUCAUAACCAAUUACAAAGAUAUUAAAACCUUUUUGGAAAAGAGAGGUUUCGAAUUUGAAUCUGAUACUGAUACAGAAGUUAUUGCCAAAUUGGUACAUCAUUUGUGGAAACAACAUCCCGGUUACUCAUUCAGAGAAUUGGUAGAACAGGCCAUUAUACAGUUGGAAGGUGCUUUUGCUAUUGCUAUGAAAUCAAAACAUUUCCCCGGUGAAUGUGUGGCCUCCAGACGUGGCUCGCCUUUGUUGGUUGGUAUCAAAACCAAAACCCGCUUAGCCACCAAUCACAUUCCCAUUCUGUACGGCAAAGAUGAUAAGAAACAACAAACUGAACAAGAAACCGAGCCGGGCAAACCACAAGACCAUCGUAAACUUUUGCAAAAUCGCGAUAUAUCAGUAUUGCCACGCUCUGAAAGUACCUCGGAAUUUAUGCCGUUGGAGAAGGAAGUGGAAUAUUUCUUUGCCUCGGAUGCCUCGGCGGUCAUUGAACACACCAACCGUGUCAUUUACUUGGAGGAUGAUGAUGUAGCCGCUGUACGCGAUGGUGCUCUUAGCAUUCAUCGUCUUAAGAAGUGCACAGAUGAUCCUCAUGCUCGUGAGAUUACCACCUUGAAGAUGGAAAUUCAACAAAUCAUGAAGGGCAACUAUGACUAUUUCAUGUUGAAGGAAAUUUUCGAACAACCCGAAUCGGUAGUGAAUACCAUGCGUGGUCGCGUACGUUUCGAUACCAAGUCCAUUGUCUUGGGUGGCAUCAAGGAAUACAUUCCAGAAAUUAAACGUUGUCGCCGCUUGAUGUUAAUUGGCUGUGGUACCUCAUACCACAGUGCUGUGGCUACACGCCAACUGCUGGAAGAACUCACCGAAUUGCCCGUAAUGGUGGAAUUGGCUUCAGAUUUCUUAGAUCGUAAUACACCCAUUUUCCGUGAUGAUGUUUGCUUCUUCAUUUCGCAAUCUGGUGAGACGGCUGAUACAUUGAUGGCUCUGCGUUAUUGCAAACAACGCGGUGCUCUGAUUGUUGGCAUUACCAAUACUGUCGGCAGUAGCAUUUGCCGUGAAUCUCAUUGUGGUGUGCAUAUCAAUGCCGGACCCGAAAUCGGUGUUGCUUCUACAAAGGCUUAUACCUCUCAGUUCAUUUCGUUGGUUAUGUUCGCUUUGGUUAUGUCUGAGGAUCGUUUGUCAUUGCAACAGAGACGUUUGGAAAUUAUUGAUGCUCUUCUCAAUUUGGAGGAUCAAAUUCGUCAAGUUUUGAAAUUGGACUCUCAAGUGCAGGAACUGGCCAAGAAUUUGUAUCAACACAAGUCACUGUUGAUUAUGGGUCGUGGUUACAACUUUGCCACUUGUUUGGAGGGUGCCUUGAAAGUAAAAGAAUUGACUUAUAUGCAUAGUGAAGGUAUUAUGGCUGGUGAACUUAAACAUGGUCCCUUGGCGUUGGUUGAUGACUCCAUGCCAGUGCUUAUGAUUGUGCUACGUGAUCCCGUCUACAUCAAGUGUAUGAAUGCUCUGCAACAAGUAACGUCACGCAAAGGCUGUCCCAUCAUCAUUUGUGAAGAAGGCGACAAUGAAACUAAAUCAUAUUGUUCCCGUAGUUUAGAAGUUCCACGUACUGUAGACUGCCUUCAAGGUAUCCUUACCGUUAUUCCUAUGCAGCUAUUGUCUUAUCAUAUUGCUGUCUUACGUGGCUGUGAUGUUGAUUGUCCGCGUAACUUGGCCAAAUCUGUAACCGUAGAAUAAAGUAUCUUAGACUAUAAAGGCAAUUUACUUAAACGUUCUUUUUUAUAUAUUUGUAUAUUGUGUUAAACAUUUAAUGAAUGAAUUUUAUUUCAUACAUACAUAUAUAUUUACUAUAUAUAAAUAAGUACAUAAAUGCAGCAUAAACUACAUAGUAUAUCUGAAUAUAAUCAACAUGUUUACAGUUUUUAUACAUUUUUACUAUGUUUUUUUGAGUGUAGUAUUUGUGCAUCAUAUGUUAUCGUUAAAUAUUAUUGUUAGUUAUACGUAUAUUUGAAUGUAUAUAUUGUAAAAAAAUACUGAUUUUGAAUUUUUUAUUGUUUCAAAUUUUAUAUAUGUAGAUGAUUUAAAAAAAAUAUAACAAAAAUUGUACAUCCAAUUUUUAUAUACUCGUACAUGCGUACUUGUAAUAGUACGUUGAAAAAUAUUUUUGAAAUUCUUGCAUAAAUAUAGAUAUAAAUUUAUAAAACA